AUGUCGUUUCCUGCUAGGGAGUCCUAUCGCGGCCCUAGUCGCGGGGGUGGGCCAGGCCAUGCGCAUCGACAUUCGCGGAGCAACAGUGCCAUUUCAGAAAUGCUGGGCCAGGCCGGCCAGGCGCUGGGGGCCAUUGCUGCCCCGCAGGCGUCUACCUCUACAGCAGCCCAGCCCGGCCCAGCCCAUGCCCGUGCCCCUGCACGUCCCGAUCUGGACGCGCAGCACCACAUGCGCCCGCAGCUGCGUUCCACUGUCAGCAGCCCGACCUCUCCCUCAUUCGGAUUUGGCAGCAGCAGUAGCGGCGGCGGCAGUGGCAGCACUGGCGCCAUUGGGCAUUAUCCACAACAACUUCCGACUCGCACCCAUCCUGCCUUACAUUCUCAACCACAACCACCACUGCCAACCACCGACGCCUCUUUGCAUCUGCCGCCACCCUCCCAAUCCUUUGCCGCUGGUGUUCCCGGCACUGGCAUUGGCACUGGCACUGGCAUCGGUUUCGGUUCAAAGCAAAGAGCCGUGUCUGCGGCAGCUUCGGCCUCGACAAGUUCUCACCCUCCUCCUGCUGCUGCCCAUCAUCGCCCUCUCCACAGCGCAGGCCCAGCCGCAUCCUUCCCUUCCAACGCGCCGCCGGCCGAAUCUCCAUAUCCUCCCGCCUCGUAUGCCCGCCUUGGGCAGCAUCUCCCGACUCGCAAACCCCUUCCACAGCUUUCUCGCGCUUGGGCGCCCGCUGAUGCUCUUGAUCCGGCACUGAGCCCUCCGCCGGUAUCCACUUCAGGCUCAGGAUCGCGUCCUAGUCCCACCCAUCGAUCAAUGUUCGGUCUCCCUUCUAUACCAACGUCCAACGACGACUUUGCUUCUUCUAUACCUCACCUAAAUCCCACUCCGGAUUCGACGUCCGCCCCGGCCUCCACCACUCCGGCCUCAGCCCCGGCUUCGACCAGCAAGGCCACAAUGAGCCAGCAGCCGCAGCAGCAGCAGCAAUACGCUGCUCCUAAUCGGCGUACAGGCGGAUACGAAGAGCAACAUCACAUAUCAGGCCCUGGCCCCAGUCAAUACCAACACGGCCAACUCUCCCCACGCGAGUACUCGACCCCAAGCGCUGGCCCUCAGAUCAAACUGGACCAGACCCCAAGCAACCCACCCUCAUACCAGGGCACACCUGCGGUUCCCAGCGUGCUACAGCCGGGCGGUCCCAUCGGGCUCCAUGCCUCCACCACCGUCGCAGCAGCAUCAGCAGCAAGACUAUCAGACCCCUUCCAAGCCUUCUUUGAACCUCUCUCACAGCUACUCGCGAUCAAGCCCUGCUACAGGAGGCUACGACGGAACCCCAACUACUCGCCCUACACCCCAACAACACCAGGAGGAUCGGUCGCCACGUCGUCGCAAUUCAUGUCCCCAACCGACCGAGGCUACAAUGCGCCAGGGUCCCAGAGGAACAUGUCGCACACCCCACUUGGCCUGGCUGACAUCAGACCACGCGCCGACUCGACCCUGUCUGACGGCUUGCCCAGCGGUGUUGACUUUUCCAUGCAGAACACACCGCCGGGCACAAGCAACUACAUGGCGCCCUGGGCGACAUACGCGUUCGACUGGUGUAAAUGGGCGCCUCAGGGCAAUGGCGCCGGCAAGGUAGCCAUCGGAAGCUACCUCGAGGACGGUCAUAAUUUUAUUCAAAUCCUUGAUACCCAAAUCGUUCCAACUCCUUCUGAUGUCUACAACACCCAUGGCGGCUCGAAGUGGACAAUGGACUUCACCAGAGUCGCCGAGGCCACACAUUCAUACCCGGUCACCCGCCUGCUGUGGGAGCCCCCAUCCUCAACGAAACAGUCGACAGACCUCCUCGCCACGUCAGGAGAUCACCUGAGACUAUGGUCUUUACCCUCCGAUACUCCGUCAAACCCCGGCAACUCGGUAACGGGCCGAGGCCGGGAUGUCGCUGCCACGAAGCUUACACCGCUCGCCCUGCUGUCCAACUCCAAAACUCCCGACCACACUGCGCCGCUGACCUCCCUUGACUGGAACACGGUCUCGCCCAGUCUCAUCAUCACCUCUAGCAUCGACACUACCUGUACAAUCUGGGACAUACCGUCCUUGACGGCCAAGACCCAACUGAUCGCGCACGAUAAAGAAGUGUACGAUGUACGGUUUUGCGCAAACAGCGUUGACGUGUUUGUCAGCUGCGGCCAGGACGGUAGUGUGCGCAUGUUUGAUCUGAGGAGCCUGGAGCACAGCACCAUCAUCUACGAGCCUACGGGCAAGGAGGACAGAGUAGACGCAAACGGCGGCAAAAUGAGCCCUACACUUGCCCAACAAACAAUGUCGAACCCGCCUCCUCUCCUGCGGAUUGCCACUUCCCCGCACGACACCCAGCUGCUCGCGACAUUUGCGCAGGACUCCAACGUUAUCCGCAUCCUUGAUACGCGGCAACCUGGCCAGGCACUGCUUGAGCUGCGGGGCCAUGGAGGCGCUGUUAACUGUAUAGACUGGUCGCCGACGCGGCGGGGCCAGCUCGCAUCCGGAGGCGACGACUGCCAAGUUCUCCUAUGGGAUUUGAUGAGCCAGCAGCAGACCAACGGUGCACCCCAGACGGACAGUAUCCGCAGCCCAGCCGCGAGCUGGCAGUGUGACUACGAAGUUGGCAAUCUCGGGUGGGUGCCUCGUGUGCCAAGCGAUGAGGCUGGUGAGUGGCUCGGGGUUAGUGCCGGUCGGGGUAUCUGGGGUGUUAGGAUGUAA